CCCGAUGCGCAAUGGAGGCGUGUUAUUCACAGAUGGAGCAGAAAGUAGAGAAAGCCAACGCCAGAGGUGGAGAGGAAGAUGCCAGCCAGCGUCUGCCGCUGAUAAAGGUGCGCACGCACGCGCGUGGUGUACCCAUCGUGGAGCACUUCGCAAAAAACCUUACCUCUGUUUCGACAUUCCGUCCGGACCCGUCCGAUCUGCUCAUCUGCACCUACCCCAAAUCAGACUACACCAAGCAGAUGGAGGCGGUGGACAUAUCCUACAGUGUGACAUCUAAGGGGCCAUCUCCGUCAUGCUCCUCCCUUCUCUCUCUCUCUUCGACUCUCCUUUAGUCCCCUUUUCCUUUCAGAUGACCAGACCAUGGGCACCAGCAUGCCUGCCAAGCUAAGAGCCAAAGUCUGCGUUUUUUUAGAUACUGCACAGACAGAAAUGGAUGUAGCCCCUUCAAAACAUUUACCCUUACAUUUAUUCAUUCAUUUGGCAGACACUUUUAUCCAAAGUGACUUAAAGCAAGAAAAUAACAUUCAUCCUAAAGUUUAAAGCUGCUAAGUUUAAAAGUCUGGAAAAGUAAAGUAUAUAUUGAAGUCUUUAAGUAUGAAGUUUAAUAACCUAAUUGUAAUUACUGUUGGUGAUCUAUGAUCAUUAUUUGACCCCUGGUGGACUGAACACCAACAUGGCUGCCCCCUAUUAUUCAGAGCUGGGAAAGUCAGCCUUUUGCUAUAAUGCUCCUACUACCUAAAAUAAUCUUCAACGCACUGUGAAAAUAAACUCUGUUUCGUAAAAGGACCAAUUUCUGGCUCUUUUAUUCGAAAAUUUGAAAAACAGAGAUGUUUGUUAAUACUUUAUAAUAUCAUUUGAUUACAUUUACAUUUUUCAAUAGCGAGAAGUGUUUAGAUUUGGACAUCAUCUGGUUUGGCUCAAACACCUGUUGCAUUUAUUGCCUAAAAUUCCUGAUUUUGUUUACCAUACUUGGAGUGUGGCACUGGGCUGAUGUGUGCCCUAUUUCUGCCCACUCACUCAUAUAAUUUGGGGUGGGUGCUUGCCUUUCUUUACCUGCUGUCUUGGUUUGUAUAGAAAUGAAUAUUAAGUGACACAUGCAUGUAAAAGGGCAAAAAUAGGCCACAGACGGUAAUAGGUCAUUUUCAGGUCAUAAAUCACUUUCUGAUUUUUUCAUAGAGAUUCAAAUCUGUGAUUACAAACCCAUGUGAAUUUGAACCUGUUUUUCUUUUAAUUAAAUAAAAUGAAAUGUCAUUUAUUGCUUA